UCAUCCAGAUGCCAUCUCUUUUCUCCUCUGUCUCUCUCUCUCUCUCUCUCUCUCUCUCUCUAUAAAUUUCCUUAUUUAGCACCACCACAAUCUCCAAUUUUUCCUCAACACCCACCACCACAAGUAACACAAAUGCCAUCCAUUCUGUUAAGAAUUUUCCAUCUUUACAACCUCCUAAAUACAGUCCUCCUCUAUUUUGUCCCCAAAAAACUCAGAUCAUACCUUCCCACUUCUUGGUACCCCCCACCACCCAAAACCACCACCACCAACCCACCACCGCCGCAGCAUUCUCCGUCGGAUAUCAUCAUCCUUCGGAGAAUGGACGCCGACGAGCUCCGCCGCGUCUUCCAAAUGUUCGACAAAAACGGCGACGGCCGAAUCACUAAAAAGGAGCUCAACGAGUCGUUAGAGAACAUGGGGAUCUUCAUCCCCGACUCGGAGCUCACUCACAUGAUCGAGAAAAUCGACGUCAACGGAGAUGGGUGUGUCGACAUUGACGAGUUCGGAGCUCUGUACCAGUCGAUAAUGGACGAGAAAGACGAAGAAGAAGACAUGAGAGAGGCGUUCAAGGUGUUUGAUCAGAACGGUGAUGGGUUCAUCACGGUGGAGGAGUUGAGGUCGGUGUUGGCGGCGCUGGGGUUGAAGCAAGGACGGACGGUGGAGGAUUGCCGGAGGAUGAUCAUGAAGGUGGAUGUAGAUGGAGAUGGAAUGGUUAAUUUUAAUGAGUUUAAACAAAUGAUGAGAGGUGGUGGCUUUGCUGCUUUGACUUGAUGAUGAACACAAAAAAAAAAAUACAAAAAGAAAUUCUAAUUCAGUAUUUUUUUUUUUUUCGCCCUCUCACUCGAAUUAAUUAAUUCAUUGAAUUGUAAAUAUUUUCCCGAGAAAAAAAAAGUACUCAUUUUGGU